UCACAGACACACAGGAAUCCCGAUGUCGUUGGGAAACGUUAUUGAUAACAUUUCACUUGAGAGGAUAUUCGAUAGAAUAUUUAUAAUGAUGUUAAUUUGAAGCCAUAUGCCUAGCGUUUAUUUUCUUUCGGAACAUUGAUCCCAAUCUUUCUUGCAAGUAACUGAAAUAGAUAUUGCAGCAAAAUGACUACAAGGGAAGAAUCAUGGACAAGUUGGUUGUGUGAUUUGGAACCUGAGGAUUACAACAAUUUCGUCAAUCAAUCUGACUCAAACGGGGUUGGUGGAAUUUUCCCAUCUAGCAAAGACUCUUCUUCAGCUUCUCAAACGGAACACUCUAGCACCGUGAGCAAUUCCUCGGAAGAUGAUAAAGUCUUUGGUGAGAGACCAGCCAAAACACUCAAGAUUGGCACUUCAAACUCUUCUAACACGGAGUUUCUCUCACAGAAGAAGGAUUCUUCUCCCUCCUACAUUAUUUUCUCUGACAAUGUGAAUCAAUUGCAAGCACCAACGUUGAAGCCAAAAGGCAAGGUUGCGUGUCACGGGAGAAAGGGGUCCUUGGAAAACCAGAACUUUGGCUCUGUGUCCAGAUCUCCCCACCACGCUAAAGAUCACAUAAUUGCUGAGAGAAUGAGGAGAGAAAAGAUUAGCCAGCAGUUCGUAGCUCUUUCAGCCCUUAUUCCAGACCUCAAGAAGAUGGACAAAGCCUCGGUGCUUGGGGAUGCUAUAAAGCACGUGAAACAGCUCCAGGAGCAAGUGAAGCUACUGGAAGAGAAGAACAAAAGGAAGCGGGUAGUGGAAUCCGUGGUAUAUGUUAAGAAAUCUAAGCUCUCCGCAGCAGAAGAUGUCUUUAACACUUUUUCAAAUUCUGGGGACGGAAAUUCCUAUGACAUCUCAGAAACAAAAACAAAUGAAUCAUUUCCCGAAGUUGAGGCAAGAGUGUUAGAGAAGCACGUGCUGAUUCGAAUCCACUGCGGGAAACAAAAGGGUCUGUUCAUCAACAUACUCAAAGAUAUAGAGAAUCUUCACCUAUCGGUGAUCAAUAGCAGUAUUUUGCUUUUCGGAACCUCCAAAUUGGACAUAACUAUCGUAGCAGAGAUGGAUGAAGAGUUCAGCCUGAGCGUGAAGGAGCUGGCUAGAAAACUACGAAUUGGACUCAUGCAAUUUAUGUAGCUUACAGUUACAGGUGUAUGAGGUUUUAUUAGUCCUCACUUUAAUGCAUUAAUUAUGGUGUCAAUAAAUGUCCAUCUUCUCAGCAGUAAGUUAGGGUUGUUGGGGUAAUUCCCACACGGAAAAUUAAAAAUAAUUUGUUGAGGUGAUAAUCCGCACCAAUUAAAAGAGCUGAAGUUCAUUGGAGUAGUACUA